GUAGGUCGUGGCACUCAGCUGACGACUGCAUUCGGCAAUCGAGGAACCGUGACGGCCCGGCCAAGUUCAGACUCCCGAGGAUGACACCAACAAUAACAGCUCCGCGGGCGGAGACCCUCGAGCAAAUGUCAAAAAAUGACACCAUAAAGCUUCGCGAGCGUCACAUCGGACAAUCGUGCAAGCUUUUCUACAAAUCAAAUCCCCUAAAAAUAGUUCGUGCCAACGCGCAAUACAUGUAUGACGAGAGGGGUGAGCGUUAUCUCGACUGUAUCAACAACGUAGCGCAUGUUGGCCACUGCCAUCCGGACGUGGUGAGAGCAGGACAGGAGCAGAUGUCCUUAUUGUCCACGAACAAUCGAUUUCUCCACGACAACUUGGUGAUAUGCGCCCGAAGAUUGACAUCACUUCUUCCAGAGCCUCUGUCCGUGUGCUUCCUCGUAAAUUCUGGAAGCGAGGCGAACGAUCUUGCUCUACGCCUUGCUGAGGCUCACACCGGAAGCCGAGAUACCAUCGUUCUAGAUCACGCUUAUCACGGCCACUUGACGUCGAUGAUCGACAUAUCGCCUUACAAGUUUAAUCGGCUGAAAAAUGGCAAGAAGGACUGGGUGCACGUGGCACCUUGUCCAGACGUCUACCGGGGAAAAUAUCGAGACUCCGACUAUCCGAAUGAGGAUCUUGGUGAGAAGUACGCUGAGGACGUGAAGAGGAUUUGCGAUGAUGUCAGAUCACAGGGGAAGAAGCUCCGUGCAUUCAUCUCCGAGAGUCUCAUGUCCGUUGGUGGACAGAUUCUACCACCCGAGAGUUAUUACACUAAUGUUUAUAAAUACGUACGUGAAGCUGGUGGGGUGUGCAUUGCCGACGAGGUGCAGGUGGGAUUCGGAAGAGUCGGUAGCCACAUGUGGGCUUUUCAACUUUACGGUGAGAACGUAAUUCCGGAUAUUGUAACCAUCGGUAAACCAAUGGGCAAUGGUCAUCCAGUUGCGGCUGUCAUAACUACACAGGCGAUAGCGAACAGCUUUAAACAGACUGGACUGGAGUACUUCAACACUUACGGAGGCAAUCCGGUGUCUUGCGCAAUAGCGAAUGCCGUGAUGGAGGUGAUUGAGCGCCAGGGACUCCAGGAGAAUGCAGCCAAGGUGGGCCAGCACAUGCUCAACGAACUUAUCAAGUUGAAGCAGAGGAGAAGAAUCAUUGGAGAUGUCAGGGGUGUUGGCCUCUUCGUGGGGAUUGAGUUGGUUAGGGACAGGAAGACUAGGACACCGGCCAUUGCUGAGGCUGAGCAUGUCGUGUCCAGGAUGAAGGAUGAGAAGAUUUUAAUCAGUUCUGAUGGUCCGGACAAUAAUAUAUUGAAACUCAAACCACCCAUGGUAUUCACAAAUGAGAAUGUUGAUCAUCUCGUUGCGGUUUUGGAUGAGGUUCUGCAGGAAGUCGAAGUUGAGAUUGUUCAGAUUCCAGAAACAAUAUUGGAAGCAGUUAUUACAACCGUCGAAAUCGAUUCAUCCGAGAAGACCAAGGAAACAACGCCAGUAGCUAUUCGAGCGAAAUGAGAAAACCCUUCAAUUACGACUGGGCAAUUUCGCUCUAUAACUGAAUCAAAUAACCGCUUCAACGAUCAAUAACCAGGGCACCUUGACCCCAGUAUAUUUCUGAAUUAUCAACUUCCAAUACUUCAGUGCCAAAUCACGAGAAUUAUGCUGAUUCUCAUUGAGAUAUCUAUUAUUAGCAAUUAUUAGCAAUAAGUGAAGAUCUGUAAAUGUAUAUUGUAGAUACUAAUGACCAUUGGACUGAGACGAAACUUCACGACAUUGAUUCAAUAAAUGAUGAAAUUUCUCUCUACAAA